AUGCACUGGACCAAGUCGCUGUUCUGGCUUUGUGCAGCCGCUGCCAGCGCCGGUUCCAUCCAGUCCACACAGGGCAUCUCCGAUCUUGUUAAACGUCGACUUCCGAAUCACGUUGGCAACUUCCAGUUCACGCUGAACACAAGCCAUGAUACAAAUAGCAAAUAUGACUCUUACGUUGUUAGCAGUGGGUCAAACGGCACAAUCCUGGUCAAGGGUAAUUCCCUGAGUGCAUUGUCUUCGGGUCUACAUCAGUAUCUUACCGAUGUUGCUCAUGUUGAUAUCUACUGGUUUAUUGGCAGUCGAUUGGACAUCGCUCCAUCCAAGUUGCCUCCCCUGACCAGGCCUAUGCGUGGCUCCAGUACAGUUCCGUGGAGAUAUCAUUUCAACACAGUUACUUUCUCUUACACCACAGCCUUCUGGUCCUGGGAAGACUGGGAGCUACAGCUAGACUGGAUGGCUCUUCGUGGGGUGAAUCUUCCUCUUGCUUGGGUUGGCCAAGAGAAGAUCCUCGUGGAGGUUUUCCGUGAGAUUGGCCUGAAUAAUGCAGAGAUUGCUACUUUUCUCAGUGGUCCAGCGUUCCAAGCUUGGAACCGAUUUGGAAAUAUUCAAGGUUCCUGGCACGAAGAUCUUCCUCAGGCAUGGAUCGAUGCACAAUUCGACUUACAGAAAAAGAUCAUUCACCGCAUGGUGGAACUUGGGAUGACGCCUGUUCUCCCGUGUUUUACCGGUUUUGUUCCUGCCAAUAUCACUCGUGUUCUACCAGACGCCAACGUGGUACGGGGCUCGCGUUGGGGAGGUUUCCCUAUUCAAUAUACGAAUGACACGUUCCUUGAGCCCAUUGACGAUCAUUUUGCAGAGCUUCAGUCCAGCUUCAUUAGCAAGCAGCAAGCAGCCUACGGCAACGUCAGUCAUAUCUACACACUUGAUCAGUACAACGAGAACGAUCCUUACUCCGCUGACGUUGACUACCUGCGUAGCGUCACUCGCAACACAUGGCAAAGUCUGAAACAAGCCGAUUCCAAUGCCAUAUGGAUGAUGCAAGGUUGGCUGUUCUAUGCCAACUCCGACUUUUGGACCAACGAACGUGUGGAAGCAUACUUGUCGGGUGUGGAGUCCAAUGAGGAUAUGCUGAUCCUGGAUUUGUUUUCGGAGUCGAUUCCGCAGUGGCGGCGAACAAACUCAUACUACGGCAAGCCCUGGAUCUGGUGCCAGUUACACAACUUCGGAGGCAACAUGGGUCUAUAUGGGCAAAUCCAAAACAUCACACGGAAUGCCUCUGAAGCACUAAUAGAGUCUCCGUCCAUGGUCGGCUAUGGCCUCAGCCCUGAAGGUCAAGAAGGCAACGAGAUUAUAUAUGACCUUCUGCUUGAUCAGGCAUGGUCUUCAACUCCGUUGGAUACCAAAGAGUACUUCCACAAAUGGGUGACGAGCCGAUAUGCCGGCCAAAAGUCGGUUCCUCGGGAUCUCUACAUCGCUUGGGAUUUGAUGCGACAGACAGUGUACAAUAAUACGAACCUUACUACACUUGCUGUCGCUAAGUCCAUUAUUGAUAUUCGGCCCAACCUUUGGAACUUGGCCAAUAUCGCCGGCACACAUGGCACAACCGUCAACUACCACCCAUCAGUUCUUGUCCGUGUCUGGCAACUCAUGUAUCAAGCAACAAAGACAGAGCCAGAGUUAUGGUCCAAUCCGGCGUAUCAGCAUGAUAUGGUUGAUGUGACACGCCAAGUCAUGGACAAUGCUUUCAUCCCGAUGUACUCGGAUCUGAUAGAUUUGUACAACGCCUCUCAGUCGACGCAGCCAGAAUUUGCACAGCAAGGAAAGAAAAUCAUUCGUCUUUUGACGGAUCUCGAUUCCGUUCUUCUCACCAAUAAAAAUUUCCGCCUUUCGGCCUGGAUCUAUGCAGCGCGGGGCUGGGCACAUGGCAACACAUCCCAGGCCUCAAUGCUUGAAUACAAUGCUCGCAAUCAAAUUACGCUUUGGGGACCCGGUGGGGAGAUCAGCGACUAUGCGUCCAAGCAAUGGGGUGGCCUCGUCUCUUCAUACUAUAUGCAACGUUGGCGCAUGUUUGUCGAAUACCUUAAAUUAACCCCAACCACGUCUUACAACGAUACAGAAUUGAGCGCCAAGAUAAGAGUGUUUGAGAUGAAGUGGCAAGACGAGACUUGGUCAGCUCCUGAGCCUACUGGGGACGCGAUUGAUUUGGAGAAAGUAUUGAACCGAGUUUCGCAACACUGGUCAUCUAUUUUUGGGCAGUAA